AUCUAAAAUCCGCUAAAAAACGAGGUAUUCUCUGCGCGUCGUCAACUACUUUUUUUCGUAAGUCGGCCUAGACGCCUUUAUAUACCUCGCAUACCUUCACCAUCUCAUUCAUCAAUCAUCUCAAUUCUCAAUUCUCAAUACUCAAUUCUCAAUAGUCUCUAUUUCAUAUUCUCAGACGUCCUCUUUCAAGAUGCAGAUCUUUGUGAAAACCCUAACUGGCAAGACAAUCACCCUGGAGGUGGAGAGUUCGGACACAAUAGACAACGUCAAGGCGAAGAUUCAAGAUAAGGAGGGAAUCCCCCCAGACCAGCAAAGGCUGAUCUUUGCCGGAAAGCAGCUAGAGGACGGCCGUACCUUGGCCGAUUACAACAUCCAGAAGGAGUCAACCCUCCACCUGGUGCUCCGUCUCAGGGGUGGGAUGCAGAUAUUCGUGAAAACCCUUACAGGGAAAACGAUCACUCUCGAGGUUGAGAGUUCGGACACCAUAGACAACGUGAAGGCCAAGAUUCAAGAUAAGGAGGGAAUCCCCCCGGACCAGCAAAGGCUGAUCUUUGCAGGAAAGCAGCUCGAGGACGGCCGAACAUUGGCUGAUUACAACAUCCAGAAGGAGUCAACGCUCCACCUUGUGCUCCGUCUCAGGGGUGGGAUGCAGAUAUUCGUGAAAACCCUCACAGGGAAAACGAUCACUCUUGAGGUUGAGAGCUCUGACACCAUCGACAACGUGAAGGCCAAGAUCCAAGACAAAGAGGGCAUUCCUCCAGAUCAGCAGAGGUUGAUCUUCGCUGGAAAGCAGCUUGAAGAUGGUAGAACGCUGGCUGAUUACAAUAUUCAGAAGGAAUCGACUCUUCAUUUGGUGCUCCGAUUGAGGGGUGGGAUGCAGAUUUUUGUCAAGACUCUUACAGGAAAGACCAUCACCCUCGAGGUUGAAAGUUCUGACACCAUUGACAACGUGAAGGCCAAGAUUCAGGACAAAGAAGGAAUUCCUCCGGAUCAGCAGAGACUCAUCUUUGCGGGAAAGCAGCUUGAAGAUGGCAGAACCCUGGCAGAUUACAACAUCCAGAAAGAAUCCACUCUUCAUUUGGUGCUCCGUUUGAGGGGUGGGAUGCAGAUAUUUGUCAAGACUCUCACAGGAAAGACGAUCACCUUGGAGGUAGAAAGCUCAGACACCAUUGAUAAUGUUAAGGCCAAGAUACAGGACAAAGAAGGAAUCCCGCCAGAUCAGCAGAGACUCAUCUUUGCUGGGAAGCAGCUUGAAGAUGGCAGGACCCUGGCUGAUUACAACAUUCAGAAGGAAUCCACUCUUCAUUUGGUGCUUCGGCUUAGAGGUGGAAUGCAAAUUUUUGUGAAGACCUUGACUGGAAAAACCAUUACUUUGGAGGUGGAAAGCUCUGACACUAUUGACAAUGUGAAAGCUAAAAUUCAGGACAAGGAGGGUAUCCCACCAGAUCAGCAAAGAUUGAUCUUUGCUGGGAAGCAGUUGGAAGAUGGGCGCACUCUGGCUGAUUAUAACAUCCAGAAAGAGUCCACACUCCACCUUGUUCUCCGCCUCCGUGGUGGUUUCUAGAUCCCUCUUGUUGAUCAGCAUCAUAUGUAUGGUGUUUUGCGCUUGUUAUGAAGUGUAUGUGGUGUGUUCGCUUUUAGUUUUCGUUUAUGAACAAUAAUUGUUUUGUGUUGAUGUGUGGACGGUUUGUUAGUAUUAUGCUGCUGUAUGCUGCUGUGAAGAUGUUUGUUUGGAGUUCAUUUUUCUUUUCUACUACGUAUAUUAUUGCAAUCAGUUGUUAACCUACGGAUCUCAUCGUGUUGGAUCUUUAAAAUAUAUGGCAACUUUGCUUUCAAAUAUUUGUGUACUCUGUUUUACAUGACUUUUGCACUUUUGCUUAUAAACCGGAAUUGCUAAGUAA